AUAUUUGUAAUCUAUCUCAGAAAUCUAAGUUAAUAUUUAUUAUUUAGAAAUAGCUGCAAGAGAUAAUAUUGGAAUUCUAAAUCAUAAAAUAUCUAGUUAUAUAAAAUUGUUUCAAGUUACUUUUAGUUCCAAAAAUCUUUUCUUUAAUAAUAAUUUUAUUUCAAAAUACAUUUUUUAAAGUAGUUUAUAGAUAAAACACUUUAUUACUGUUGUCAUAAUCAUACUAGGUGCUUGUAUGCAGUCAUGUUUGCAUCAAAUGCAUCGUCAGAUGUUAAGGAGGGACGUACACCUCGAUAUGGAGGAGGACCCCACGGGUUGGGAGAUCCUGAUAGUUAUAAAUUGAGAAAAAUUGAACAAAAUGUUGUAAUACCAAAAAUUGUACGAGAAAGAGCAAAAUAUGAAAAAUGUUCUGAAGAAAAUAAAGUUUUUGGAGAUUGUUGCCUGAAUACCGGAUUUUGGAUGUUUUAUAAAUGCAGAUCAGAAGUAAAAGGAUUAAAUGAUUGCAUGGCCAAGUGGUUUGUUAAUGAAGAUUUUAUUAAAGAAUGUCGAGAUCAAUAUUUACAAGAACGGAGACAAUACAGACUGACUGGAAUUAAAAAAAAUGCAGAAGUACAGAAGAUGAAAAGUUAAAAAAAUUAAAGAUUAGAAAUAACUGACCUAUUUAGUCCUUUAAUCUGUAUAUUUUUGUUUUUAGUCACACAAUAUAUAAUUUUUUUGUGUAAGGUUUACUCAUAUUAACAACA